UGUCCAUCUCCCGGAAGUGCACGCGGCAUGGCGGCGGUGGCGGCCGAGCCGAGCCUGGACGCGUUGCCGGACUCGCUGCUCCUGGAGAUUCUCUCGCAGUUGCCGCUGAGGGAGCGGCUGCGCGGGGCCAGGGUCUGCAGGCACUGGUGCCUUCUGGUGCAGGACAAGGUGCUCUGGAGACACGUGGAUCUAACGCCCUACGAGAUCAGCCUGAAGAACCUGCGGCACCUGCUGCAGCAUCACCUGCGCAGCAACGUGAGAACACUGAAGAUGAGAGGAACCCUCUCCGAGGCGCUGCUGCAGGACCUGGGGAAGAAGUGUCCAGGCCUCCAGAGGCUGUGCCUAUUGUGCACCAAGCUCCGGUAUAAGAUAGACUCGUAUGUCGUGCCCUCUUCUCUGAUGACCUUGGAGCUGAGCUGCUUGGAGUUGUCUCAAUGGAUAUUUUUUGCAAAAUCUGAAGGCACCAGAGGCCUCUUACAGCUGAAGCAUCUCUUCAUUUAUGAAGUCCCUUCCUUUUCUGAUCUCCAUCUGCUAAACAUCUCUUCUCUCGCUUGCCUGCAGAUGCUGACUCUCUCUGGAACCAACCAGAUGACAACUCUGGGGUUUCGUGUAGCCUCAUCAUACCUGAAGGCCCUGGAGCACCUCACACUACGCCAGUGCACCCUGAAAGACUCUGCUACUCACUUCAUUGGGUGCUAUUUGAAACAGCUCCGCACUCUGAAGUUUAGCAACACUCCCUUCCUGACUGAUGCGGGCCUGCCUGACUUAAAGUCUUUGAAGUACUUGGAAACCCUUUCCCUUGAGUCCUGUGUUAAGCUUUCCUGUGAUGCCAUUGUCACUCUGGGUCAGGCACUGCCCCGGCUGAAAAGUCUUAAUUUAAGUGGGAUUCCUUUUGAUGACCAGACAGUACAUAAAAUUCAAGCAAGUUUGCCCAACUGCCAUUUUUCACCCUCCUGAAAUGCUUGCUUUGGAGGGAGCUGCACUUCUAGUGUCAGAUGUAUGCAUCCGUGUGGUGGCCAGAUUUCUCCAGGUGCCUCAACAAGGCAUCAAGCAUUGAAGGGCAAGGACCAUUUUGGUGGCUUGUAAAACGAAAACGGGUUAGUGGAAACUCCAUUCUAAAGUAACUCCCUCCCCUUCCUGUACCAAGGAAAUAUCAAAGCCAGGUGGAGGUGCACAGUGAUGCUUGCAGGGCCUGUUAGACUGAUUCAAUAUGGGUCUGUUUUAGAUUGGUAGUUGGCAGCCCAGGACCUUUUUUGUAGCUGAGUCUCUUUUUUGCAUUAAACAUCAUGCAGCAGCUCACCUGAGUGAUAACAUAGGGACUAAGUGAAUUAUCCUCCCAUAGCCCAAGAGGGGCUGCCUGUCUCAAACCAAAUAGUCCAGCUAAAACCUAGCUCUGGUUGAAAAUGAGUCACACAGCUGCACUGCGUGCAUAUUUCAAAGCAUGCCUAAAAUGAAUUUUUUGCAGGACUUUGCCCUGGGUUUGUGUUGACAAAGCAGAUACCUUCUUGUGGCAGAGCUUUGCUUCCCAGAUCAGACCUGACAAGAAUCUUAAAUUAUUUUCUUCAUGGUGCAGAAACCUCUAUACCAGUGGCUCCCAACCUUUUUUUUGCUGUGACCCUAAAUCUAGGUGACAAUCCCCGCUGCUGACUCGCUCGUGCCCGGCAGUGCCACCAGAGAUUGGGCCAGGCCAGUAUUGUGAGGCAGUGGCAGCAAGAGCCGCACAAACCAUGUGCCAGGAGAGCCGAAGUGAGGGACAGACCCCCCCAGAUUUGGGUCACACUCUGAGGUUGGGAGCCAGUGCUCUAUACAAACUCCUCCCUUGAUUUAAGCAGCACAUGACAUGCAGAUCAAUUGAAGCACUUACCAUAGUGUAUGGGGGCAUUGUUAUGCUGCCAGAAGGCAGACACAAGGCCUGGUUCAUGUGGCUGUGCCCAGCCCCCUGUGCCUUGUCAAGUUUUCAUGUUUACAGUCUGCUCGUUACCUGAUGUUACAAAGCUGUGUUAACAUCAGCAAGGUUUAGCUGCCAGUACCAGUGUAGUUUUGUGUCUGGGAGCAAAGACUGUUGUCUGGGAUACAGUGUAAUCAAUAUUUUCUUACCUUUUAUUUUACCUUUAAAAUAAAAGUGCUUUUGAAUCUGCAAAGCUGCAUCUUAUUGUGAGGUUUUGACUCAGCUGUGACAGCAGUUGACUUGGGCUUCUAACAGGUCACACACAGUUACUGCUGCAAGGGAACAUCUACAUUUGUGGCCAUUGCCUCCUGUCGCAGAGGAGAAGGUUGUGAAUAAGUCUCACUCCAGGUCUUGCAUGGAUGAGAGCAGGCAUCGUUCUGGUCCAGCCUGAGUAGGAUGCGGUUGUCUUCCGUAAGUAGCUCUGCAGCAGGGGUGUCAAACUCUGGGCCAGGUCCAGAUUGUGUGGCUCAUUGCAGGUCAGAUCCAGCCCAACGCAGUGGCAGCAGCUUGGGCACCUCCAGCUCUGGGGCAAGGAAUAGGGCACACAGCAGAGAUUCCUUCAGCAUGGGAAGGCAGCAGGGCCAGUGGAGAAGGUAGUAGGACUGUGGUAGUGCAGUCAGGCUAAGCAGCCAGAUGGUGACCAGGGCUGUAUCAGCCCUCACUCACCCUCCUGCUGCUGCUUAUCAUGUCCACUAGAACCCAAGGGCCUGGACUCUGGCAGGCCACACCCCAGGCUAUGUCCCCCAACUUCCAGUGGCCCACCAGUAGCCUAUGGACUGGAUGGAGUAGCUAUGUUCAACACCCCUGCUCUACAGCAUCCUUCUACAAGAAGUGUUCUUGACUUUUAGCAGCUGCAAAGCAAACAAAGAACUGAACUUGUUUAUAAAAAUAACAUUCAUCAUAUGCAUGAUAUACGUGUUAUCAAUUAGGAUCAACAGCAACAGAUGCCCCCUGAAAAUCCUGGUAUGUUGGGAUGAUCAGUUCUGACAUUAUUUUAGUCUCUUCCAUACACGUGUCUGAUUCAAAUGA